UCACACAGAUUGACCUUAUUUACCGUCAGAUUAAACCACAUCCAAUGGCUGUAAAUAGUUACAAACAAAAUCAACAAUUCCCUCCAAAACCAAAUAUUCAAAAAAUUUCAACACCAUCCUUAUAUAAACCCACCCCAAAAAUCUUAUUUCCCACCCCAAUUAAAACAUCAAUUUCCACCAAAAAUCCAAUCUAAACUUAAAAACUCAAAUUCGGAAUCUCGAGAACGAGAAAAUGUCAGGAAGAGGGAAGGGAGGAAAGGGGUUAGGAAAGGGAGGAGCAAAGAGGCACAGGAAGGUUUUGAGGGAUAACAUCCAAGGUAUCACUAAACCCGCCAUUCGUCGCUUAGCGAGGCGAGGUGGAGUUAAGAGGAUCAGCGGCCUUAUUUACGAGGAAACUCGCGGUGUAUUGAAGAUAUUUUUGGAGAAUGUGAUUAGAGAUGCUGUUACCUACACUGAGCAUGCUCGCCGUAAGACUGUUACUGCUAUGGAUGUUGUCUAUGCUCUUAAGAGGCAGGGCCGUACUCUCUACGGGUUUGGUGGUUAGAGUAUAAUAAGUUUUAGGGUUUUUAUUUUGGAUUUGAGUUUUGAUGUAAUUUGAGAUUUGAUUGUUAAUGUGAAAUAUAUGAAUUAAAUAUUUGCUAAUUUGCAGUCUCUGUUGUUUUUGUAUUCUUUACUUUCGUAGUUUUGUUUGUUAUUUGAAUUUGAUCUUCAAAAUUACGAAUUGAAAAAUGAUCAUGUUA